UAAAAAAGGAAAAGCUGAAGCAAUUCAAUUCUGUUCCCUGAGAAACCAAAACCCUAAAAAAAUGGGAGGCAAAUGUCCAAGCAGGAAGGUGAAGAAGAGAAGAUACUCUCACAAGACGGCUCGUCGCUCCAAAUUCCUCCUCAAAGCCGACGAUGCGGUAUAUGAGGAGCUGCAAAAACCUGAUGGAGAGAUGAAGUCAACUUUGCCUCUCGACGAGGAUUUACCUGGCAUGGGCCAAUAUUACUGUCUCCACUGCGACCGCUACUUUGCUAAUGUGACUGUGAGGGAUGAGCACUUCAAGACCAAACGUCAUAAGAAGCGUGUGAAGCAAAUGAUGGGACCUGCACCGCAUAAUCAACUCGAUUCUGAGUUAGCUGCAGGAAUGGGUGCCCCGGAUAAUGGUCUUAAGCUUAUGUCCAUGUGAGCAUCCUGUUUUUGGUUUCUUUGCUGAUACACUAGUUUAGAUGACAAGUAAAUUCAAACAGGCCUUCUUUAGCUGGAGGACAUUUUGUUUUAUAACAAAGGUCUCUGCAGUGGUAUUUCCCUGUAUUGCUGUAAAAGUAAUGGCGACUAGCUUUCUUCAGGGUCUGCUCUGCUAUUAUAUUUAUCUGAUAGUUAAGGGAGAAUCAGGAUUUAAUCUUGAAACCUUGUAUCCAAAGGGAAGGCCUGAUACCUUGGCCAGUUGAUGUUAUGUGGAUUUUACAUCCGGGCAUAUUGAUUGGUCAUGUGAUCAUAACUUUACAGGGAAUUCGAUAAAAAAAAUGUGAUGAAAUUUUUUUUCACCA